ACUCCCGCUUAUUUAAAGUUAUUUAAUACCUGAUCUGAUACUGAUAAGUGUAUGACAAAGAUUAUAGAUUAAGUGAUUAGGCCCUAAGAUAGGGAAUCGAUCUAGAUAUCUACUUUCUAGAGUCUCACUCAGUCUACUCCAUAUCAGUCACAAGUCAAGUACUCACAGCCUGCUUUCAUCAGAAUUUAGAAAACAUCUGCGGCUACAAUGGUCAUCUUAGCUAAGAAUGUUGCGGAAAUGAGUUUGUUUAGUGUAAAUACAAAGCUCAGGUUCAGAUGCUCGACCAGUUGCAAACUUUUUAGGACUAAUGAAGUCAUUGUGAUGAAAUACAUACAAAUACUACAACAUGCUGGGAGAUACCUUCAACAUUCUGACAAAUCUUUGGCGAGACAGACAGAACAUUUGAAAGACUUUUUUCACUAUUUUGGAGAUUCUUACUUUCUGUUACAAAAACACAAGGAAGCUAAAGUGGAUAUGAAACAUUACUUGUUGGCCACACCAGAGAUUAGCCUAGAAAGCAAGUCACUGGCAGGUUCUUUCCUGGACAAGAAGGGUUUGGUCUGUAAAUUCCUUACAAAAAGUAGUUGUUAUCUACACGAUUACACCAAUCCUGUAGUAUUUAAUACAGUGCUAUCUGGAAGGGAGAUUUUCUUCACCUCAUUUGCAGAGAUCCCAUUAUCUAGAGAAGGGCAUAAUGGACAAUUUAAGGAUUUCAUUGAUGUGGAGAUGAGAGAUGCUUUGUCAAAAUUUAAUGAAAGAGCUGAGUUGUGGACAAGCUUUUUCUUGUUUCAUUCAACUGAGGUGCUACCUUCUAAUGUUCCUCAGAGCCAUUGGUGGUGGUAUAAGACUGCUGAGAAAAAAAUAGAUCUUAAAACUUUUGAUUAUUAAUUCAAAUAGGCCUACACAUGAAUGGCACCUGUAAAGUUGAGUAAUAAAGAAAAUUGUUGAAAUAACUAAAGUCUUAGGUAGAUUUUGUAGACCAGAAGCUCAAGUUCAGUUUGCCUGGUAUGCCUGCACAUGCUAUUGGGUGAUGAUGAUGAAAAAAUUGAUUCAAAUGAUGUUUUCUGUAGUUAAAUAAACAGAAUUCCGUGGCAGUCUGGAUAAAGUCUGGAAUUUUGAAAAGUGAAUUUCAGACCAAAAAAGUCUGGAAUUUCAUUUUGGAAGUUUAACUCCUCCACAAUGUCCACAUUUCCCGACUAACCAAAAGUUUAUUUUUAGUGGUUUUACUUCACAUUUUUUUCCAAUGUAGACUGCAUGGGUUGACACUAAGUAUACUCCAUAUAAAUCUAAGCCUAUUGUUUAGGUCCAGUUUCUCUUUGCUCUUCUUGUGAUGACCUCAUAUGCUAAUUGUUUGGAACAUGUGGGCUACGGCUACAGAAUAUUAACAAAUAUUCUGACAGUUUUAUACUGUAUCAUAUACGGAACAUAAAGGCUGCAUUAUAAUUGUGCAUAAAAUCCAAAUAGAUAUUUUGACGUUUCACAUCCUUGCGGAUCAAAAAAACAUCAUUUGGCAAUUUAG